AUGCCUGAUGAUGUGAUGAAUCUAUCAAUAAAUGGCCAGUCUCAGAUCCCUCCAGGCUUUAGAUUUCACCCAACAGAAGAGGAGCUUCUUCACUACUACCUCAGGAAGAAAGUUGCUUAUGAGAAGAUAGACCUUGAUGUGAUUCGUGAGGUUGAUCUUAAUAAGCUUGAGCCAUGGGAUAUCCAAG